ACCUGCAGCAACAAUCUGACAUCGCAAUCCACUUGAGACAUGGCUGUCAUACGCUUCAGUAGCUUCUUCACCUGGCUGGCACUCGCACUGCUCGCGUUGAGCGUCACCUCUACGUUCGCCACGCCCUUUGACGAGCGACGAUUCAAUCGACGCCCACAACCGAAUGGAGCGCCUCUUCGUAUACCGGGCACGCCACCAUUCAAUCCCAACGGCAAAUAAAAUUGGCAAACUACUUCUGCUAAGUUUUGUGAAUCUCUUGUGACCAGAGGGCAAUAAGUUUCAAUUAAAUCAAAGCACUCGAAUAAUAA